CGAACAAGUUCGAAGUUACCUUUAAUUGUGGUACAACAAAUAUAACGUUGUGUAAUAAAGUUCAAAACCAAUUCGAAGAAAUAGGAACGAUAAUAACAUCUGUUUUGAUCCUAAAUUCCCCGAUAACCGUAAACGCUAGUUUUGUCGAUUUUUGCACUGCUUUGGGCGAGUGCGAUAGUGGUUCUCAAUAUAUAACAUUAGGUGGUGCGAUACCAGCACGUACUAUACAAUUACAAGAUGAUGAUGGUCGUAUACGAGAAUAUCCACAAGCUCUUGUCAAACAAUUUCAAUUUGACAAACACCCAGAAUAUAGCCAAUUUGAUAUUUUGGCAAUGUUUAACUCUAAAGACACAGACUUUUGGUUUACCGGGGAUCCCCAAAUAAAAAGCUAUCAGCAAGACUUUUUAUUAGUAGCUUUGCAUGAAAUUAUUCACGGAUUAGGUUUUGUAUCUAAUUGGGAUGAUUAUAUUAAUUAUAGACCUGAAGCAUUGACACCAGUUAUAUCAACAAAAUUUAAUAGAUUUUUAGAAUCAGCAUUUGAUAAAUACAUGAUAUACAUACCAACCGGAGAGCGAAUUUCAACGAUUAUUACAAAAGAACUUGAUAAAUUUACGAAUAAAUCUAACAACCAGUUUUCUAGUUUUCAAAAUUUUGCAUCAAAAUUUAAGGCAUCACCUCAAUAUAAGAUUUCACUUGAUAUGAUGAAAAAAGCUAUCACACCAUUUUCUCUUGGAUUUUUACCACAUGGAUAUACGAAUGCAUCUGAUGCUGUCAUUUUGGAAACAAGUUUAAAACCUUAUACAGAAGGUUCAAGCAUUAGUCACGUUGAUUUAACAACAUAUAACAGUACGAGUGACUUUUUAAUGAAGUUCUUGGCAGAUCAAAAAAUAACACUAGAAAAUAAAACCAAUGGUAACAAUCCCAUUGGGCCUAAAUUGAAAUUGGUUCUUGAAACAUUAGGGUAA